AUGACUAGCAUUUCAGGAGCGUCCGGGUGGUGCUCCCCUAUAAAUCCUUUGAAGACUGCGCCUCUGCAUAUUGCCGUUCGCCUGUCGAAUCUUUCGCCAUUUUGUGGCAUCGUGGCCUUGCAGAAAACGCUGCCCAGUCUCAUAAGGGAAAUUGACGCCAAUCUAUCUACUCGCGAGCGAGAUUUGAAAAGGCUUGGAAGGCCGCGAGAAGAAGCUGAAGACCUCCGAGUAUACCUUCUCGACAUCGCAAGGAGUUUUGAACGACUCGUCCGCGAUGGCGUCGAAGGACGAUACAGCAAUGAAUUCUUUGGAGGGCUUUACGAUGGCCAUGAGGUUCGAAAACUGCGGGCUCGAAUUAGGAGGCUCAAUACUGCUUUCUAUGUAACGCUAGUCACCAAGGGUGUAGAUCGGAAGAUACAAUGGAGCGACGGCAGGCAUUCCUUCCAAGAAGAAAAUAUACCCUGGAUGCUCGAUGAAGAUGAAGAGAUCCCAGAAUAUUUGGUUCCGUAUCUGGAAUUUUUUCAGGAAUUCCCCGAACCCCAGGUAGUCGAAGAGGGAAACCUCCAUCACGAGCUCGAGCAGUUGGCCGCAACUAACCAAGGAACUGAGUUUCCCGGUCUGCCUAAUGGCGACUUGGGCUUCCAGCUCUUCAGAAUGCAAGUACGUCCGUGGGCUAGGAUUGCGGAGUCCUACCUGGAUCAGAUCACCAUGUUCGCCAGAUCUUUCGUGGAAGAACUGAUCACUCACGUCAUUGGAUCAGAUAAACGCACUACUAGAGCCAUACAAGGCAACUACGUCGACGUCUUCUUCGAGAAUAAGCAUGCUAUGUUACGAGACAAGCUUCAAGAAAUCCUCAGGCCGUAUGCCGAGGCUUACGUCCCACCAAUUGACUUUGAGUUCCAUAGCGCGGUGCUCUCCAGAACGACGAAGCGACAAGCAGAGCGCGUUGCGGAUGUACUUGAAGAGAAUUUCCCAGUACUCUUCAUAGACAGGGGAGGCAGAAGCAUCACUCGCGACCAGGUAGAACAUGUCUUCGCCAGCGUCGAGACCUCUCCGCACAGCGAAUUUGGCAUCGAAAAAAUCGUCGACAUGACAGAAACUCAUUUUCAGAUUUCCCUCAGAGCAUUCGCACAAAAUGUGGUAAACCUGGUGGCUGAGAACUGCCUCAUUUCGGAUCUCCAUAGCAUACUAAUUCCAUCCCUAUUUGUUCGGAUGGAUGAGGACCGCCUGAAGGAGUUGGCGUCUGAGUCUGAAGAUAUACGAGUACAGAAAGCGACACUUCAGCAUAAGAUCAGUAUCUUAAGGGAGGGACUACUAAAAUGUCGACACUCUCGCACUUCAUAA